CGGGACUUCCGCGGCCGGGGAGGCGGUUUUGUGUGUGCGAGCGCUGCGCGGUCCCGGCUCCCCGCGGGCGGCGGCGCUUGGGGGGCCCGGCCCGGCCCGACCCCGCGGGCAGCGCUGAGCGGCGGCGGAGGAGGGGGGUCUCCUCCCCUGCCCUAGUGGGGGGCCCCCGCGGGGGCGGCGGGGUCCCCCCGAGGGCGCGGUAGUGACGGCGGCUCGUCCCCCGGUUGGUCCCCCGGUUGUCGGCUCCCCGCGCGGGGUGAGGGGCGGGCAGGUGGGCGAUGAAUGGGUUCAGCACCGAGGAGGACAGCCGGGAUGGGCCGCCCGCCGCCCCCUUUUACGGCCAGAGCUGCUGCCUCAUCGACGACGGGGACCGCUGCGUGCGCCCCGCCGGCAACGCGUCCUUCAGCAAGAGGAUCCAGAAGAGCAUCUCGCAGAAGAAGCUGAAGCUGGACAUCGACAAAAGUGUGAGACAUCUAUAUAUUUGUGAUUUUCACAAGAACUUCAUUCAAAGUGUUCGGAACAAAAGGAAGAGGAAGACGAGCGAUGAUGGAGGUGAUUCUCCUGAGCACGACACGGAUGUUCCGGAGGUUGACUUGUUCCAGCUCCAAGUGAACACCCUGCGACGUUACAAGAGACAUUAUAAGUUGCAGACUAGGCCUGGACUCAACAAGGCUCAGCUUGCAGAAACUGUCAGUCGUCAUUUCAGGAAUAUUCCAGUGAAUGAGAAGGAGACACUUGCAUAUUUCAUCUACAUGGUGAAGAACAAUAAGAGCAGGCUGGACCAGAAAUCAGAAGGCAGCAAGCAACUCGACUGAAGAUUAACAAGCCUUGGAAUAAGAGACACCUUGAAGGAACAUGUGGUAUUGUGCAUUUUAGGUUUAUAAAAACUGUUAAAGUAUAUUGUAAAUUUUUUUUAAAUGCAGUGUCUGGAUGACAGAAAAAAAAUAUAGACAUUCUUAUGAGGAGUAUUUGAAAACAUGUGCCCAGCAUGUUUCCGAAGACUUCUUCCCCUCAUUUCAAAGUCAUAUUGGAACAAAGAAAUGAGGAUAAUGGGGAAACCAAAUAAACCUGUAGAACUGUGGAGUUUGUCAACUUGGUGUUUUAAACCAUUUCUGGAAAUCUACAUCUCAGUGCAAUUCAAAUGCCAGAUGGAUUUUUUUUCACUGAAUUCAGGCUGCAUCACAAACCACCAUGCAGUUUGUCUUGGUACAGGACUGGAAGAGCAGCAGAGAUAAAAUUCAUUAUCAAGGUGCAUGGGUCAGAAGUUUGUCUGAAGCUUGCUGCUCACCUACACAUGCUCUGUCUUGCCUUGAGUCAGUGCUUCAAGUCCCAAACUUCUACAAAUGCUCCAGCUCACCAGAUCUACUCCAGUGAACACACUUGACCAGUCUGAAAUUGAUGGGGUUUUUUUGCCAUUUUUUCCUCCCGACCCCAUCCGACACAGAUGCCAACCAACUCUCUGCAGUCUGUUUUCUAAUUUCUUUUAAGAACUCACUAAUUAAAUUUUCUGUAGGCAUUUAAAAAUUUCUGCAUUUCUCUGAAUGUGGUAUUAAGGCAAACACAACCUAUUUGCUGUGUCUGAUCAUGUUGGUAGAAGUGCUUAUUUAAUUGAUUUAUGCAUAUUUCAGUGAUGGUAGGUAAAACAAUGGCUUGAGACAUCAGUCUCUUAAUUUCUGUGUCAGGUCAGUAUUGGUCACAAGUGAUGUGCAUUUUAUACUGAAGCUUUAGCAGCUGUCACAAAACUGCUGUGUAUAUUCAGGGGCUCUGUUUCGUAUAAAGCAGAUUUAUGGGUGAGUCACCAUAACCAGGGCAGUGAUCUGACUGGAGCAUUUCAUGAUUACAUUUCAUCUCCCUUUGCAAUGUGUAAGAAGCAUCAAAGCAUUUACCUUUCACAAAUGUUUCACAGACAUUACAUGUGCUUUCAUGAGAGCUGUGUGAGUGAGGGUGGCACACUGGUGCUCCCUAACAGGGCACUGUAGGAGGAGAUCACCCUGAUUUUAUUUAAAGCCGAGGUGUCCUUACAGAUAAUACAGUGAUUAUUUUGGCAAAAGGAGCUUUUAAAAGUGUUGGUUGUGACUGACUGUUCUCCAGUGACCUCAAAUUCUCUUCAGGGGAUCUCAUGAUUAAAAGCACCGCUCUGUUUCUUUGCUGUCCUGACCAGUGUCUCCAUUCUGGUACAAGAUGCCAAGACUCCACAUAGAGAGGAUAUUCUUAACAAGCCUUAAGCAACGAAAUGAACAGUAGAAAACUUCAGCUAGCAUUUUGUAAAUGGCAGGUUUUAUUAUUUCAGAACUGGAUGAAGCUUUGUUUAAGAGCUAAACACACUGGUCAUGGUCUCAGCUUAGUAUUGCAUUGUGUUUUGUAAGGCAUGAAGGGUUCACUUAGUGAAGCUCUUGUUGAAACUCUCCCAGGGUCUCUUUAAAAUUGAAGUCACAGUUUAAAGCGAGUUGUUCACAUCACUCUGAAUUGUUUGCUAAUACUCCAAAAAACAUGUUCAACAAACUUCAACAUGUCUUAAGUCCUGUGUCGUAGGCAGAAAUACUCUGUUAUGAUACAUGUCCCAUUUGUGACAUCUGGGGAGUGUGAUUGUUUCAGCAUUUCCUUGUUAAUUCCGUAUGGAUUUUUAGAACAUCAUACAAGAGAGAGGUUCAAGGAAUGAGGAGAGAAUGUCUUGUGUCGGUAUUUCAUGAAUGUUUAAAAAUUUCCUAUUUGUGCUGGUCCUUUCCUUAUUGAAAGGGUGGAGUAGUUCCCACAUCAGUCAACGUGAUCUGGCUUUUCUCAUUCAGGGCAGAUGCUUAGAUGGGUACAUUCUCUGACUGCAUGUUAACCUUCCACGUGCUCAUGUAAUCAGAGGAUGUUACCAAGGGAAAAUGAGCUUCUGAGUUGAGAGGGUUAUGCCUCAUAGUGAUUUUUCCCCCGUACUGGGCACUGGUGAGGCAACACCGCAAGUGCGGUGUUCAGUUCUGGUCCCUCAAUUCAGGAAGGACAUUGAGGUGCUGGAGCAGGUCCAGAGAAAGGAAAUAAAGCUGGUGAAGGAUCUGGAGCACAA